AUGCCGUCAACUGCACGGACAUCAGCAUCUGGUAGGCCACCGUCGCCAUCUCCUUCUCAAGUUCCUCUUCCCGCGUCGCCAACAUACUCGUAUGCCUCCACAGCCAAUCCGCUAUCUCAAUAUAAUUUACCACUCCCGCCUCCUCCCCGCCCAGCUCACGCCGUACUCUCCAAAGCCGACCUCGAUCAGUCCCAGCUAGCGUACUCGGAUUUGAUAGCUACUGCGAAAUCCUACCGAAUCGCCCUCGCGUCUCUCUCCACCGCCGCCUCCGCAUUCGGCUCCGCCCUCGAGGCCUGCGCGAGGCUGAAAGAAGCACGAGCCGAAACCCUCGGCCCGCCUACCGGCACCAGCCUAACAAACAGCUUCACUACAAAGGGGUCAUGCACCGCGGAGCUGCUCUUAAGCGCCAGUGGCGUGCAUCACCUAAUCGCAAACCAUCAGCAGAUCCUAAGCGAGACCGUGUAUAAGUCGUUCGAGGUACCCCUGCUGCACGAGCUGGACCAGUGGCGGCGUAAUAUCGACGAGGAGGACGAGACGUACAAGCGCGAAGUGGCGGCGCGCAGCCGCGAAAUCCGCCGCCUCGAGAAGGAAGGGCUCAAGCUACAUCGCCAGAGCCGCCGACGGGAUGUGGCCAAGUUCCGCGAACACCUGGUUACCCUGACUGGCAAACUCGACGGCCUGACGGGAUUGCACGCCGACCACGCCCGCACCCUGCUGCGCGACUCGCAGGAGGCUUCGGCGAAGAUUCUCGAGGCGAGCUGUUCGCUCGUGCGCGCCGAGGUCGACAUUUUCGAAGGCUUGGCGCGGAAAGGGUGGACAGGCGGGGGACUCGACGAUUUGCUAGAGAAGGGCCAGGACUUGUUCGCGAGCGACGAGGAUGGGCUACAGGGGGCCGCGACGGUGGCCGGGGUCACGCUGGUCGCAGCCAACAGUGCGGUCGGAGAAGGAGGGGCGAAGCUGUUUAGUAUACUUCCGCCCAAGAGCAUCCUAGCCAACGACGCGGCCUCGGCUUCGGUCUCGGAUUCCGUACUGACCUCACGCGCAGGUGGCGGGCGUGCCGACAGCUUAGUAGUUGAUCCGGAGGAAGACCAGUUUCAAAGCUUGACGGGAGCGGUGGAGCAACCGCAAGACCGUGAGAGAAACGGAGAGGAUAGCGAGAGCAUAUUUUCCGAGUCCAAUAUGAGCCGAGGUUUGAGGCCGUUCAGUCCGCAGCCUAUCCGCCGACGAACUACAGAUGUGGUUAUGGAUCCGGAGGAGCUGUUAUUCGGCGGCGGUGGUGGCGUCGAGGAAGAGUUUAACAACGAUAUCGAGAGGCAUGAGGGAACACCACAGAGACAACCCAGCAGUAGUAGUGAGCCGGUUUCACUACCACCCCCACUGUCAACGGGGAAGGACGAAGUGCUAGGUGAUAGAGAGUUUGCUUAA